AUGAAUGUGAAAUGUCGCUCGGUGUUUCCAUCGGCUUCUGGCUUGAUGACAUCAUCCAAUGAAUUCUCAUACCUGCUCAUCCAUAGCAGAGACGAUGAAGACCUUUUUCUUUUCCUUUGUCAUUUUUUUUUUUUCUUUUUCUUUUCUUUAUCUCUAUCUACUUCUUCUUUUUCGAUUUCUUCUUUCUACUCUUUUUUCUUUUUUAUCCUCCUUUUUUCUUUUUCGUUUUCUUUAUCGUCGUCUUUUUCUUUUUCUCCUUUUGGUUUUUCUUCUUUUUCUUCUUCUUUGUGUUCUUUAUCUUCAUUUCUUUUUUCUCCUUUUUCUUCUCCUUUUUUUCUUCUUUUUCUCCUUCUGUUUCUUUUUCUAUUUCGUUUUCUUUUUCGUCGUGUUUUUUCUUUUUCUUCUUUUUCGUUUUCUUCUUCUUUGUCUAUUUCUUUUUUCUUCUUUUCCUUCUUUUUCUCCUUUUUCUUCUUCUUUUUCCUUCUUCUUUUUCUCCUUUUUUCUUCUUCUUUUCUUUUCCUUCUUCCUUUUCUCCUUUUUCUUCUUUUCUUUUGCUUCUUUUUUCUUUUUCUUUUUCUCCGUCUUUUUCUUUUGCUUCUUUUUUAUGUUUUUCUCCUUUUCUUUUUCUUCUUCUUUUUUUUCUUCUGUGUUUUCUUCUUUUUCUGCAUUUCUUCUUCUUCUUCUUCUUCUUCUUCUUCUUCUGCUGCGGUUUCUUCUUCUUCUUCUUCUUCUUCUUCUUCUUCUUCUUCUUCUUCUUCUCUGUUUUUACAAAGCAGUUCAACGAAAUAUUCUUACGCGAACCACAAAAACGAAAGAACAAAAAAUUACAAACCAUUUCUUUCUUUCUUUCUUUCUUUCUUUCUUUCUUUCUUUUCUUUCUUUCUUUCUUUUCUUUCUUUCUUUCUUUCUUUCUUUCUUUCUUUCCUCUCCCUUUGGUCCCACUGUAUUCUUUCUUUCUUAUUUUCAGCAGGCGAUAAGUGUCUGAGAACGUUAACGUCUCUUCUUUCUUUCUUUCUUUCUUUCUUUCUUUCUUUCUUUCUUUCUUAUGGAUGCUUUAUCAAAAUAAGCGAUCUUUCUUUCUUUCUUUCUUUCUUUCUUUCUUUCUUUCUUUCUUUCUUUCUUUCUUUUUCUUUCUUUCUUUCUUGUCAUUAUUAUGUAUGCUUUCUUUUUCUCAUUAAAAUCGAACACCUCCAUUUUCUUCUUCUUGUUUCUUUUUUUUUUAUAAGAGCACUCAGUCAAUAUACUAAUCAUCACUAUCAUUAUAAUCAUCCUUCUUCUUCUUCUUCUUCUUCUUCUUCUUCUUCUUCUUCUUCUUCUUCUUCUUCUGUUACUCCUUCUCUUUCUUUUCCGUUAAUUCCUCUCUUCUUCCUCCUCCUCUUCUUCUUCCUACGCUUCUUCUUCUUCUUCUGUUUUUUCCUCUUCCUCUUCUCUUUCCUCCUCUAUCUCCUCCUCUUUCCUCUUUUCUUUCCUCUUGUAUCUCCUCCUCUUUUCACUCGUCUGCCUUUUUUCUCGGUUAUAUCGUCAUCAUAUUUUAAGUUUUCCUUCUCUCUCUUUUCCAUUCACUUUUCUUCUUCUUCUUCUUCUUCUUCUUCUUCUUCUUCUUAUUACUUUCUCACGCUCUCUUCCUUCUGA